UAAAGAGCUGUGAAAGCGGAACAAUGGUGUCUGUCCGUCUGAAGUGAAGGCGCCAAACUCAAACUGCAAAAAUGUCAACCAGCGGAGUGGAAACGGCAGCUCAGAGCCCGCUGCUCUCCUCCAGUCCGUGGUCAUGCGUUUGUGUGAAAGGCUGGUCGGCCGCUGUGUGGAACGGCCUCCCCGACCCACUUCUGGCCGCCUCCAGAUGCUCCGCCCCCGAGCCGUGGCUCCUCCCCGGCUGCAGCUCCGUCUACGACAGCCUGGUCAGUAAUGUCUCUCCUACACCGUCUCCUACUGCUGCCAGCAGCCCGCGAGGACGUGAGAGAGCUGCCAACAACAAACCUCGCAGGCCGUCCAUACUGGAGCGUUGUAUCCUCAAAGUAUCCACCAGCAGUGUGGCUGUGGGGACGGACGAUCUGGACAAGAGGCCCCCUCUCGGUCGCUGCUACCCUCGCGUCCCGGACCCAGCCAACACUGAGACCAACGCUGCAGUUAUGAAGCGCCGGCAGAAACAGAUUCAGUACGGCAAAAACACCAGCGGCUACCAGAACUACCUGCAGCAAGUCCCCAAACAUAUGAGGGAUCCUAAGCUCCACCCGUCCACUCCCAAUAAGUACAGGAAGUACAGCCGGCGCUCCUGGGACAUGCAGGUGCGUCUGUGGAGGCGAGCACUGCACCUGUGGGACCCUCCGACUGACAACCAGCCGGACGCCGCUGACACACAGGACCCAGUGGAGCAACUGCAAAGCCAGCUGGCAAAGAUGACCUCUGACCUGUGUGAGGAUGGAGGAGACAAGCAGAGAGAGAAGGAGACUCCAGCAGCCUCUAAAGCCUCCUUUGUGUCUCCUCUAUGUGCCAUGAUUUCACUGGAUGGGCCUGGAACCUGGAACGUCCCGCUCUCUCCGGAGGCAGAGAUGAACCACAGGACUCUUCGCUCUCCUCCCGGCCUGAGCUACUCCUUCAGCCAUCGGCUGCCCACUAAUGACAACAUGACCGACUGGCUCCGCCUCCUGCUGGAGGCCGACAACGGCCAAGAUUUCGGCUCCGAUGACCAGCAGGUUCCUGUUUUCUCUGACCAGCUCUUGUGGAAUCCGUACUGAAAAGUCACUGGAUCUCCACUUGUCUGAAACAAACAAGGUUUAGUUGUCUUGUCAACGUUUCAACUCCUCGAUUUAUCGCCAAGAUAACUCGAUGGGACGUUGGUGGUCCUGAAUGUGUUGGAGUAAAGUUUGUUUCCAGUAUCCAGUACAUUUGUCUUUUUAAGAUGGUUGAAGAUUUACUAUAAUGACAGCAGGGAUGUGAUUGAUCCUUGAUCCCGAGUUACAUCCGCCCCUCCACGAGGAGGGCUGCAACCUGAAGAGAACUGAGAGGAACCACCCUCCUCUCUCAGCUGAACACUUUGACCUGAGCAUGGUACUUUACUUUGCACUUUAUAUAUAUUUCUGUUGAACUGCAUCAGAUGGAGCACUCUCCCCACCUGCAUCAUGUUUUAGUUUUAAGAGUCCUGCACUGAUAGAAAAGCUGCUAUUUGUUUGGUACUUUAAGUCACAUUAACUUUAUUACUCCCAUUUGGUGUCACUUUAUUGCCUUUCUGCAGGCUGUUGUCUUUGUCCCACCGUCACCUUCAUGCUCUGUCUGGAUGAGCAGCUCCUUUCUCUACCUCCCCAUGUUUUUUCUAAAAAACUAAAACCUUGAUUAAUGGAGGGGGAAACAGCUGUCACUUUGUGUUGUGAGUUUUUUUUUUUAGUUUUUUUUUACUUUUAUUAUUUUUUUUUUUGUUUCCCAAUUUGUCAUUUACUGCUUGAAUAUUGAGAGCAAAGCUGAAAGAUGUGAUUAAUAAAGAUGUAAAUAAAGUGUUAAAAAUU